CUCUUGCUUCACUUAAUUUUAAAUAAAUUUUAUUAUUAAAAAGAUAAUAACAUUAAAAAAUCUACAAUCUUAUCCCUUCCCCUCCCUCUUCUCUGUCCAAGCAAUUUUAGAUCCGCCAGCCUCUCGAGAGGAAAGCUCAUCCCAACGAACUCCGGCAUCCUCGCAAGCGCCUAACUUCAUCGCCAGUCUUGGGAGCCCUCGAAAAGCACUUCUCCGGCUGGGGUUUAAGUCACGAAACUCUUCUGCAACUCCGGCGUUCUCGAUGUUGUCGACUUUGAUUGGUGAUACCAGCUGGAAACGAUGCUGACUCGAUGGUUGAUGUCUGAGUCACGAGUCUGCUCUGUCUCAACUCGGAAGAAGGGUUGCCCCAAAGCCCGAUCUGUGAUAUGGGCAGGCUCCUUCUACUUGAAAUCAUUUAAUCUUUUGAGAUUCCUUCGGCUUGCUGGAUCGUCCCUUCCUCUCAGGUCCGAACAAUUCCUCCUGUGGAAAGACUCUGAAACUGCUCGUCUCGUCGUGAAACCCUUUAGAUUCAUCCUGCCAAUGAGGAUUCUACAGAUUGGGAUCUAGUUUGCUUUGGCAUCGGGCUUCUCUCCCCGACAUUUCCUACGGCUUUGAUAUCAUUCUUGUAAUCAUCUUUCUAUUUCCUUCUUUCCAUAAUAAUUGACUUGUUAAUUUGCUAGGGGAUCGAGAGAAUGGGGUGGAUUUGUGGUGGUGAGGCAUUCUCGAUAAGAGAAGGGGAGGAAAUUAUUGAAUUUUUUCUUUCAGAAAAUUACUAAAUUAUUACAUAAGAGGGGAUUUUUUUUAAUUUGUUAAAUUUUAUGUUAAUUGAAUUAUAAAAUUAAAAUAAUAUU